UAAGUAGUAUGUAAUUGAAAAACUUUGUACGUUUUAUGCGUCAAAGAUAAGAACUAUAACGUGUUCGUCAGUCGCAUCUGGGACGCUGUGAAGUGUGGUUGUGUGAUAUAUGUAUACGUCGAUUUUAUCACGUCAAUGCCCGGCUAGAUGAUGGAGACGGCUGUUGAGAUGUUUCAUUUUGUAUCAGAAAAGCUCGGUAUACAAUGGGCACCGCGAGGCGUUCCAAUGACGCGCCGUCUCCAGACCCUGGGUGCUGCCGGCUGGAUCUGCCUCGUGCUGUUCGGAGAAGCUAUCACUGUACUAGUCUACCUCAGCAUCCUGUACUCUUCGAUGUGGUGGCUCGCGCUGGCCUAUGCGGUCUGGAUGCUGAAAGAUGUUGAAACACCAAAUAAAGGUGGGCGUAGAUUCGAAUGGGUCAGGAAUUGGUCCUGGUGGCGGAACUAUUGCGACUAUUUUCCAAUUAAACUAAUCAAGACUUCUGAAUUGGAUCCAUCGAAGAAUUAUCUCUUCGCUUGUUUCCCGCACGGUGUUGUCAGUUCCGGGGCGUUCGGAGCAUUCGCCACUAACGCCUUAAACUUCUACAAAACAUUCCCUGGCAUGACGUGCCAUAUGAUAACAUUAGGUGGUCAUUUCUUAGUUCCACUGUUCAGAGAUCUGAUUCUUGCGUUAGGUGGAUGCUCGUCAUCAGAAGAGAGUAUAUUGUAUUUAUUAGAUAGAAGGAAACAUACGGGGAAAUGCGUGGCGCUGAUUGUUGGCGGGGCUGCAGAGGCACUGGACUCGCAUCCCGGAGAAUACAGCGUCAUUCUGAGCAGAAGGAGAGGAUUCAUCCGAGUUGCCAUGAAGACUGGGGCACCUAUAGUUCCCGUAUUCUCUUUCGGCGAACCAGACGUGUUCCGUCCAUUCAGCAACCCACGGGACAGUCGGCUGCGUCGGUUCCAGGAGAAGGUCCGCCAGUGGACCGGCAUCUCACCCAUCCUGCCCAUAGGCCGCGGCCUAUUCCAAUAUACGUUCGGCGUAUUUCCUUUACGUUCGCCUAUCACUAUUGUUGUUGGCACUCCAAUGGAGGUAGAAAGAAACUUGGAACCUACUGACGAGGAAGUGGAUGCGGUACAUGCAGAGUUUACGAGAAGAUUGAUAGAAUUAUUCGAAUCUGAGAAGUCCAAAUAUUUGAAGGAUUAUAAAAACAAAACUCUUGUCAUAACAUAAAAAAACUCAAUUAUCAAAAUUAUUUACUACUUCAAAGAAUACUUGAAGGUCUACUGUAUA